AAGAUUAGCUUCAUCCAUCUUCAGCUUCCAAAAUAUACACUCAUUCUAUUCAUCCUCUCUUUACCCUCUUCAUCUCUCAUCUAGGGUCAUGACCAACUAUAUGACAUUUGUAGUAAUUAUUCUCCUUGUGAUGGCCUUGGCAAUGGUGGUUGAAUCAACCCAACACACCACCAACAUGUAUUCGCGUGGGCGUGCCACCACCGAAUUCACACGCGUGAGGCGUGAUGCUGGUGAUGGAGAAGGGGCUACUCCACGACCACGUGCAUGUAAGGACUCAUUGGGCGAGGAGUGUCUGAAUGAGGAGGAGGACAAAGAGGAAGAAGAGGAGGGCGAGCAGGAGGGCCUGCAAACUGUAAGAGCUCAAGAUGAAGGUAACACAAGGUAUAUAAGCUAUGAAGCCCUAAAGAAGGAUAAUGUUCCAUGCAAUCGACGUGGCAGUUCUUAUUAUAAUUGUGGUACAUCUGGGCAGAUCAAUCCUUAUCAACGUGGCUGCACUAUCAUUACAAAUUGUGCUCGAGAGGGAUGAGAGCUAAAUUGUGGAAUUUGAAUAGUAACUUGGUUUUGAGAUAGGAGGCACAAUUUUUUCUUUUAUUUUCUUAUUUUUAAAUCUUCAUUAUUAUUUCUCUUAUUUUUAAAAAAAUAAUAAAGAAUGAGGCAUACAUACUCACUAUUCAGAGGCAA